UGAGUGUUUUGUGGUUUCUGCUCACUGAGGCUAAACUAAGUAAUGACAAGGAAGUGAUGUUUGUCACUCUUACUUCCUCACAUGUGAAGAAGACCGUUGCAAUGUGCAGUUCCUUCAUUUAUAUCUUUGCAAAUCUUUUAUCAUAUUUUGUAAUUUUGUCAUAAAAACAGAUUCCUGAAUUUCUGCACUUAUGCUGCCUUGAGAUGACUACAACGGAGACAUGGACAACCUCCCCCAGCCUGAACGAUACUGACUGCUACCCCACUGACAAUCCAGAAAAGAAGGUAUUCGUCACCUUGCAGUUGGCUAUGAUCCUGAUCGGCAUCCCGUCCAACGUCUUCUUCCUGUUUGUGUCGUACCGGCUCAUCCGUCAGAAGAACGAGUUGGGCGUUUACCUGUUUAACCUGGCUCUCUCGGACCUCUUGUUUAUCUCGUGUUUGCCCGUGUGGAUUCAGUAUGGUCUUCACGACACAUGGUUUUACGGGAAGACCGCGUGUGUCGUGUGGGUUUUCCUGCUCUUCACAAACUUCUACACCAGCGCCAUACUUCUGAGCUGCAUCGCUGUAGAUCGCUACAUAGCCAUCGUUCACCCGCUCCAGUUUCGCGAGUUUAGAAAGCGCAGGAUUGCGUUCAGCGUGAGCAUUGCUGCUUGGAUUUUUGCAGUCGUAUUCAAUGCAAUCACUGUGCAUCCAAAUAGUGUCUACAGUGAGGAGGAGGAUGAUUCAAUCUGCUUCGAAAUAUAUCCUUUGACAGAGAUGCAAAAAAAGGUCAAUGUCGCUCGUUUUGUAGUAGGCUUUCUCAUUCCUGCACUGGUGGUGGGUUUCUGUUAUUGGCAGAUCUAUGCGGAUGUAAAGAAAAACCAAACUCUGGGAUCGAUGGAGCGCCGGCAUGUGUUCAAGCUUCUAGGAGGCAUUUUGCUGACCGUCUACUUGUGUUUCGGGCCUGUGCACAUCAUGAUGGUUUUGAAGGUUUUGCUGGAGAAGUGUCCGUAUCCCAACUGGCUCUUCAUCGGAUAUAAGGCCACCGUCUUCCUCUCGAUGCUCAACUGCCUUGUGGAUCCGCUCCUGUACGGCUUGACGAGCAGAACGGGUCAGGCCAGUGCUUCAAACGUGUUACUCGUCUUCAGGAGAAUGUGGAAGAAGAAAGAGAAGCAAAGAGAGACGGGACAGCAAAACAUAUAUAUCCUUGGAACUGAUACGGAUUGCAAUCACAAAAUCCCCACUUACUGUACAUCUGAACUACCGUUGUGAUUGGAUCAAGCUGAUGUUUAUAUAUGCAAUAGUGUUUUUAAUAAAGAACUGGACUGAAACCGAGGAGUGAAAUGAAUGGAAGGCUUAUACAUUCAAACACAAAGACUGAUCUAUGAACUGUCGGUCAACAUCAAGACAAUUUACGAUAAUCCUUGCUGUUUUAAGAAACGAGAACAGCAUUUCCUCAGCACUUCCUGUCUGUCAAAUAAUCCAGCGUAGGCACCAGAUCGCACUUACUAAGAAAUACCUGUGACCUUUUAUUUUUACUCCCACUUCUAGCCUAUAAUAUUUUGCAGACAAUAUUGUAAACAUCUGAAGAGUAUUGUAGAGUGUGAUAUCUAUUACACAAAGCUUUUCAACAAUACCAUUCAACUAAUCUCCUAUACUAAUGUGUGCUGUUUUUGUCAUAUAUAAAUUAUAAUAAACACAUAUAUGUACAUAUUUAUAUAUUGCACUACUGUUCAAAAGUUUGAAGUCUGUAAACAUUUUACUGUUUUUUUUUAAAGUAGUCUUUUCUGCUCACAGAGACUGUAUUUAUUGAUCAAAAAUAUAGCACAGAUGCUGAAAUAUUAUUUCAAUUUAAAAUAACUGUUUUCAGGAUUCUUUGAUGAUUAGAAAGUCUACAAUGCAAAAGGUGACUUUGGUUCAAAUAAAUUGCUUUCCAUA